UUUCAUCUUUUAGUAAUGCUUUAUCUCAUAAUGUAUGCAAGGUUGUAUUCUUGAAUGCAGGAGAGAACAGUUGGCUCAGUGCUUCCUUAAUGUCGACCUACACGGUGCAAUCAUUUUAGUUGUUCAGUGUAAAACUGCUGCCUACGUUGGGUUACAUGGCAUCAUGGUUCGAGAAACUAAAGAAACAUUUGGAAUUGUUACGCAGGACAGCAAAUUCGAAGUGGUGCCCAAAAAGUUAUCUGUUUUUAUGCUCGAAGCUAAUCACUGGAAGAUUACAUUGAAUGGAGAUAAACUUGUAUCCAGAAACUUGGUCCCAUAAUUUUUGCUAUGAGUGAGUUCUCCACUUUAAUGUUUUUGAGUAAAUAUCAGUUAGAGCCUCAAUACUUAGGUUGAACACCUAAUAUCAGUUCGAAUGCCAACAGCUGGCAGAAGAAGCCGACAUGCUUGAUAAUUUGGCGAAUACCGAUAUAUAGGACACGACAUGCUUGAUAAUUUUAGAAAUUUUUGGUGAGAAUUUUCUCUACCUCCUGGUCUUGGAGGCAUUCGAACUAGAUGCUAUUGAGCUCACGCUCAGAUUCGUAGAAGUACGUUCUACUUCAACACCAUUAGCUCCACAACCAUCGACAAUUUCAGUAUCAUUACCCACGAUUGGUCGACCAUGUUCCCGGAUCAGCUCCUCGAAUUAAGAAGAAAAAGUUACUCGUCCACGACACAUGUGGAUGUGGUCGACCGAUAUGAACUGGACAACAUCCUCGUCAUCGUUGUCAUAAUGUCAUCAUUACAUUCAGUAUGUAGAAGACAAUCUUUCAAGCUUUGAGGUGUCUGGGCUUUCUGCUGCUCCAGCCAAGUUCUCCUGACCCUGAUUGGCGGCCGAUCCGUCGUGUUCUCCCCUGCUGUAGCCAAGUUAUAAAACUGAUCCAGUAGAUAUAAUUCUGUUAUUUUUCUUACUUCAUGCAAUUGUUUAUUUCAAAGAAUUUUGGUGAGUAAUUUUUC